GAAGGUUCUUCCCCAGGUGCAUUGCAAGAGAGAACAUUAGAUUUGAUGUUGAUGAAAACCUGUGGCCUGAAGCUAUAGAGAGGCAGGAUAAGCUCUUCAAUUAUUUGUUCGAAUUACAAGGGUUUUCGACCAACUAAAGCAUAAUGGCUUGUGAAAAUGACUACUGCACCAUCAUGACUGGUCUGAGUGAGCUUGACCUCCAAGGAAAAGCGGUGCCUAGUGAUCUUUUGCUGAUCGGUGCAGAUGCCUUUCCACUUGCCAUGAAUCCAAAAGGUCAAGUUCUGAUGGCUGCAUCUCGUUACGGUCAGGGACGUGUGGUGGUGUUGGGACACGAAGACUACUUGACCCGUUUCCCCAGCCUGAUAGAGAAUGCCCUGAGGUGGCUCAUGCCACGUACCGGUGAUGCCAGCAUUGUAGGGAUUCAGAAGAAUUUAGGUCCAGUAGCUGACAACUACCGCAAUUCGCCUAUCAGCACUGAGCUUGGAGAUUUUCGGAAAGGCCUGGCUGUAUAUAUCACAGAUGCUUACAGCGUUGAUGCUUGUGCAAAGGAUUUGAUUGCUUUUGUCAAAGCUGGGGGUGGUUUAAUUAUUGCUGGUGAAGCCUGGCACUGGUCUCAGUCUCAUUCAGAGGAGAAUGUUUUUCUGAACUUCCCUGGAAACAAGGUGUGCAGCGUCGCUGGAAUUUACUUUACAGAACACACAGGAGAACGUGCCAUAUUCCCUGUUCCUUCAAAUAUCCCAUCUAGUUGGCCUGCUGUAUCAAUCGUUAAGGAUUUUAAGAAUGAUCUAGAAUUCCUGCUAAAAGGUGUGCCACAGUUUGACAUCCAAGGCGGGAAUGUUGCAUCUGAGCUGAUGGUGCAUGGACCAUUAGCAUUUCCUAUUGCAGUCACUCCAACUGGACAAACAUUUAUUGCCGGCACCUACUUUGGACAAGGACGGGUAAUUGUGUUAACCCACGAAACCUACCUGGGCUUUGAAUCUCUGUCCACUUUCCUGAUUAAUGCUAUUAACUGGCUUGAUGAGGGGCGUAAAGGCAUUAUUGGCAUCAUACCAAGUCUCACAGAAGCCCAAAACAUACUGACCAAAUCCGGUCUGAACUGCCUGUUAACAGACUUGAAAGAAGAUCUCAGUGUCUACGUCUGCACUUCCUACAGUCAUGCAGAGUGUGAAAAGAUCCAAGAAUUUGUCGCAGAAGGAGGUGGUCUUCUGAUUGGAGGUCAUGCCUGGUAUUGGGCCCAUGAAAACAAUGGCAGCAAUGUGAUGACUGAUUACCCAGGAAAUUUCAUUCUUAACAAGAUGGGACUGAGUAUUUUGGACAACACUGUGACUGGAGGAUUAUACAAAGCCCCAGAAAUCAAUGAUAGCUUUAAAGAUGUGUACCAUUUUCGGAAUGGACUGAGAUACUUAGGAAAUCAUGUAACCAAAGGGUACAAACUUACUCCUAAAGAAGAGGGCUGCUUGAAACAACUUGGCAAUGAUUGUGCAAGCUACCUUCGCAUGCGUGCACAUGACUGUGCUUCUUAUAAUUCAGUGGUAACUCUUUUUACCAACAUGGUGAAGGAGAUUGGUGUUCCACAGGUUAGUAGUAAGGAUCCUGUUAAAACUCCCAAAGACUGCCUGAUGCUCCAAAUUGGGACUGAACUUUACAAAACCAUGUCUGACCCUGAUGCUCUCCUGCCAUACAUCAUUAAGGAUAUACCUGACCUGCACACUGUGACUGAUGCAAGAGUUCAUAUCAGCGCCAACACUGGUGGCUCUGAAGAAUGGAUAAGCACAGGCUUGUAUCUUUCUCCUGGUAUGAGGACACACAUAAUUAUUCCUUCAGAGCUCAUUGGGAAAAACUGGAAGGUCCAGAUUGGUUGUCAGACUGAUAACCUUUCGACUGCAGAUGUUUUGAAAAGAGCUCCUGUGGUCCGUGAGCGAUUCUUGUUGGACAAUGAAAUGGUCCAAAUCUGUAAUCUAUGGGGAGGGCUCAUCUACCUAGUUGCACCUCCUAAAACCAAAGUGAAUGGGGUGGAAAUUGUGGUGCAGACCGCAGUAAAGGCUCCAUACUUCAAGUCUGGAGAGACUAGUGUAGCUGACUGGGUUGGUGGGAUCUGUCAGGCGCCAGCCCCCUGGGCAGAGCUUGAGUUUGAGAACAUCAUCAUCACAUUAGAGUCAAGUUUUAUACGGAGUCUGGAUUGUCCUGAUGAGGUGGCGAAACAUUGGGAUGCAAUAAUGAGAGGCAUAGCUGACCUGGCGGCAUUACCUCAUAAGUUCCCCCGCAAGGAGCGAUUUGUUGCAGAUGUUCAGAUCUCUGGCGGCUUUAUGCAUUCUGGAUAUCCCAUCAUGAUUCAAUCCACCUCUGCCCCAGACCUGUUGAUUUCAAAUAAAUCCAGUGAAAGUGGUUUGUGGGGAUUUACACACGAGCUUGGUCAUAACCAGCAGCUUGAAGUUUGGGAGUUUCCUCCACACACAACUGAGUGCACCUGCAACCUGUGGUCAGUGUAUGUGCAUGAGGAGGUGCUUGGUGUUGACAGGGCUACUGCUCACGAAGCCAUGAUCCUAGAUAGUCGCCAGAAUUGCAUCAGAGAUUAUGUCGAAGGUGGCAGGGAUUUGGAAAAAUGGACCGUGUGGACAGCACUGGAGACUUACAUGCAGCUUCAAGACAAAUUUGGCUGGGAUGCUUUCAAGAAGGUUUUUGCUGCCUAUCAUGACAUGACUGAAGUGCCCAAUAACAAUCCAGGCAAGAUGAAUCUGUACGCUGAGACCUUCUCCAAGGUGGUGGACAUGAAUCUGUCGUCCUUCUUCAAAGCCUGGGGUUGGCCGAUCGAGCCCAGCACUGAAGAGAAGAUCUCUCAUCUCCCCGAGUGGAGCGAUCAUCCUAUGAAGCAAUAUGAAUAAGACACCUGAGAGAGCUUUAAUAAUUACAUUGUGUGCGAAAUUAAGGUAUAAUUAUAUAAGGUAAUAAUUACAUUUAUUAAUAAAUUAAGGUGUAAGGUUGAUAUUAAAGUUGAUAUAUGCGAUUAUUCACAUAGUCUGCAUAAUAUAUUUGUGUGUGUGUGUGUAUUGUGUGUAAUUAUUAUGUAUGUAUAAAUACACAAAUACAUGUAUAAAUAAAAUAAAUGUUAUGUAUAUAUAAUGUAUUUUUAUUUAAAAUAUCAAAAUAUUAUAGACCCUUCACUCCACACUCCAAAGUAAAAUUAAGUCAUAACAUCACACCACUACAAGUUGUUUCUCCCCACCUUAACAGAGUACACCAUAAGAAAAAAGGGAACCCCACAGUCAUUAGUUUGUCCAUGAUAAAGAAAUAAAAAACGAAUGACAAAACACAAUCUCCAAAAUAAAUCACUUCUUCACUUCAAAAUACAAGACCCAAUUCAACAUUAAAGUCAUCUUAAAGUCACGAAACCCCGCUGUUUCGGCUCCAGUCUACGUCACUAUCUUUUUGAAAAAUGCUACUGAAAGAAAAACACCACCAUUUUUUAAAUAUUUUAUUAUGUUCUUACCUCAACUUAGACCAAUUAAUACAUACCUAUUUUAAUUAAAUGCGUGAACUUAAUUCUUUCACCGCCAGCGUUUUUUAAAAAAAGUUGCCAGCCAGCGCCAGCGUUUUUCAUGAUUUUCACAAAAGUUUAAUGCCUUCCAGAAAAUGUUCUUCUUUAUAUAUAUAAACAUACAAUAUAUCAAAUGAAAGAACAGACCCUCUGCUUUCAAACAAAAACGUUUCAUCUUACCUUCAGUAGUUCUUUUGUAAUCAGCUUUUGAAUAUGGGUAGGUUUCUGCAAAAACACCACAUUUUGAGCAAAAAGCAGAGAUAAUUCCAUUUUUGUGACGGACGCGAUCAGAGCGAUCUUUAAAACAGACACGGACAUGCACCUGCUUGCCAUAGGGCAAUACUUCCGGGUUUAAAAAGUUGCCACCUGGUGGAUAAUAGCGGUAUUGCGGAAAGACGGAAAUACUCGUCAUUGGCGGGGAAGCGUUUUCUCUUGAUUGACGAGAUAUCUCGUCAAUGGCGGCGAAAGAGUUAAUCUUUGUACAGCGCGUCAUGACUGGGUUAGCAUUUAGCCUAGCCCCUGUAGAGCUGGUAUAUAAUAAACUUUAAGUUUAUUUAUGAAAAGACACUGUAAAACAAUUAAACCUUAUGUGGUGUUGUUAAUCCAAAUUUGACCCUCAGGUUGAACUGGUUACAGACAUGAAACUCUUUGUGCUCCUAAUCUCUUCAUCACAAAGGCUUUUGCACUGUCAGCCUUAAGGCUCACAUCACUGGGUAUCUGCUGAAAUGUAUAUGAUAUUAUGUAUAUAUGUUGUUCUGUGAUUGCAAUUUUAUAUUCAUGUUUGGUUUCAUUUUAAAGGUCAUGGUGCGAUGAGUAAAAAGGUCUCAUUUCAAUAAGUCUAAGAUAAGAUGGAUGAAGGUUUUUAGAACUUAGGAUAGAAGAUGCAUUUCUUGUAGAGGUGGGGUUUUGCCAGAUACUUCUGGCUAGUUUGACCAGGUGCUCUUUAGUAUCACUUGGCACAGGUCAAACUAGAUUUUGGUAGUUUUCUCAAGCUGUGUAUAAAAGGUGGCCUGGCAAAAUGUUCUGGGAGCCAUUCUGUACCCAGAAGCUCCCACACUCUGUGUGUAUUCAAACAUCAUGGAAGAAACCUUUAACAAGAAUCUUCCUACACCAUUUUGGGUGCAUUAUAUUCAUGAUAGAAGUACUCUGUAGCCAGAGUGUCUAUUGCCAGGUAUGACUUUGUAACUUUUGCAACUGUUGAUCAUUUUAAUUGGAAUUGAAUCAUAUUCUGUAUUAUAUGAUAUUCUUUAAGCUGGAACCUGCCUGGUAUAAUAAAUUGUUAUAAUUGAUUCAUUUUAAUUCUUCAGAAAUUGUAUUGAUUUAUUUUAAUUCUUUCAGAAAUUAUUAUGACUAGUAGAUUAGAAGGAGUCUGGUAUUACAGCAAAAUUAUUCUGUCAGGAUAUGAUCACACUGGUGUUUUGAUGGUCAAAUGGAGCAUGGGGCACAUUCAUUAAAACUCUCAGAUUUAUGUCUAUCACCUGCCUUAGCAAGUUGCAUGAGCGCUAGAUGAAAGUAACUAUUUAUAUGAUCGGAGCAAGCACGGAGCGGCCAGACAUAAAAAUAUUAGUUUACCCGGCAACCUCUGACUAAGACCAGACUGACAAUUUUGUGUCCGUGAGAUAUACGCAACGGCCGGCAUAUACUCUGUGCGAUACCGGGUCCCUAAUGAACGAAUAACUAAGACUAUGGGAAUUUAUAAAUAAUCAAUAAUUUAAAUUACUAUUAACAUAAUGUAUUAUGUUUAAUUAUAUAAUUUGGAGUCAGAUUGGGAAACCCACAGAGUCAAAUAAGAUUAAAAGACUAAAUUUGAAUGAAUGUUUUUAAUUCUUAAAGGAGGAGAUUCAGAACACGAGACCCCUUCUCCCACGCCAUUGGAUUCCAUCAUUGGGCCACUGGGUGGGUCAUUACACCCCAUUCAUUCCUUGGGAUCCGAACAUGAAUUUAGAAGCCACCAAACACUUCCAUGUUUUCCCUAUAAAGAGUAGUUACACGAGUAAGUAUGGUGGCACAAAAUAAAACAUAUUGUUUUUAAAGCGGAUAAAAAAUAAGAACUAUAUGGCAGAAAUAUUGACGGAAGUUUGAGCGAGAGGGAAGUUGUCAGGAGUGAUGAUGUUACAGCACACCAAGGUCGAAGUGCAAGUGCUCUUCCGCCAUACAAUAUACUGUAGUGAUGAUUUAAAGAUUUAUCUACGCAGUUCGCUUUGAGGACGAUAGUGACAGUGACAUUACUAGCUUGUGUGAGUUGUAUUUAAAAAAAUGAUUGUUUAAAACUUUGCAGGCUGAAACAUCAAGUAAACGCUACCUAGGUCCCUGAAUUGUACUGCGCCUCC